AUGGUCGUAAUCCCGGCUAACGGACACGAGAGGCGCCGUGUCCUAGUAGACCGCGUGCAUUCGAUUGUGUCAAAUCGCGUUCAGAACGGUGACGAGCAAUAUCUGGUGCGCUGGACCUCGGACACGUCGACUUCGAAACCUCCGCUCAGCUGGCACUCUGUUAAGGACUUAGUGCGAUGCCUAGAGCAGAUCCAGGACUACCUUGAAGUGAGGGAGAAGUAA